UCCUUGAUCGUCUACGGGAGUGGGUCACUGAGGGACUCCGGUCUUUUGGGAAGCGUUUGAGGGCGGAGUUCCCCUCGGUGAGUCCCUUGGAGCCCUCAAGUGCGGGGGGAAGUCGCCAGACGUUUAACAGAACCGGCUCCGGGUGCAGCUUGAAGUCGGCCGCAGACAUUUAAGCCCACUUUCCUGUCUGGGUUUCGUAUCGAACGGAGUGCAGGAGCUGACAGUGGCCCGGUGUCGCCAUGGCAACAAACGCCAACUCCAGGGCAGACGUGCUGGCGCUGACAGAGGACAGGGACCCAGAUCCGAAGUCCGCACUCUCUGAGCUCCUGAUGCAGUGGGAUGAUUACCAAUUGUUCCAGCUGGGGAAAUUCUACUGGGAGAGACUGACAGAGGCGAUUGAAGGAGGGGUUGGGAAGUUCAGCCUGAUGCUGAGAGAGGAAGGACAUUUGAGUGCAGAUGAACAUGAGAUAAUCUACCGGCUGGCGGAGAGGGGAAACUGGAUGGACAGCUCCAAGCUCUUCCUCGGUCUGGUGAUGGGGAAAGGCUCACCGACCUGGAUUGUGAUGUGGAAAUCGUUUGUGAAAGUGAGGGGUGAGCUCCCAAAGUUGGACAGAAUACUGGAAGAAAUCCAGGAGUUCGGUUUGGGUGUGCAUGAAUAUAUGAACGUCGCCCGAGGUUUUUCGGAAUCACCCAUUGAACUGACAGAUGUUCGGCAGAGACACAGGGAGACGCUGCGGGCGCGGACCGAGACACUGCGAGUGUCCACGAUGCAGACCGGGGCGAAGGUUCAAGUUUUCCGGCUGCUGGAUCGGUACGCCGAGGUCACGGUCAUCUCCCGCGCUGGACGGCGGGGAGUCGGGGAACACGAGCUGCUGGCGGGAGGCCCGGACGGAGGUGAGCUGGGGGAGAUGGGCCUCCAGACGGAGCUGGAGAAAAUCCGGAUGGAUCAGCUGUUCCGGAGCAGCUUUCCCCAGAGCACAUCCAGACCCAGGAGUUCGGCAGCAGUGGCCGGAGUGCCGGGGAUUGGGAAAACAACAAUGGUACAAAAGAUUGUUUAUGACUGGGCCACGGGGAAAAUAUACCAACAGUUCCAGUUUGUCUUCAGUUUCAAAUUCCGGGAUUUAAACAAUCUUAACUGCAGAGUAAACCUGAGGGAGCUGAUCCUGGAUCAGUAUCCCUACUUUGGGAAUACUCUGGGAGAGGUCUGGAAGGACCCGGAGAAGUUGUUGUUUAUAUUUGAUGGUCUGGAUGAAUUUAAGGACAGAAUUGAUUUUGCCAACAGUCGGAGAGACACAGAACCACAGCACACGUGCACGGAUCCUGAAUUCCGGUGCAAGGUGUCGGACGUUGUGUACAGUUUAAUCCAGCACAAGCUGCUCCCAGGGUGCUCCGUGCUGGUGACCACCCGUCCCGCUGCAUUGCCUUUACUGGAAAAGGCAGACAUCAGUGUCUGGGCUGAAAUCCUGGGGUUCGUGGGCGAGGAGCGGAAGGAGUAUUUCAGCAGGCAUUUUGAAGAUCAGGCGGUGGCGUCCGCUGUUUUCGAACACGUGCAGGAGAACGAGAUCCUGUACACCAUGAGCUACAACCCUGCUUGCUGCCUCAUCCUCGCUCUGGCUCUGGGGCCCUUCACCCUGACAGUCCGCGACCCGCGGCGAGUUCCCCAGACCAUCACCCAGCUCUAUUCCUGCUACCUUUACAGCGUCCUGAAAAACCACGGCCAGGAGCUCAAAAGCCCCUGUGACCUGCUACUGAGGAUUGGUCAGAUGGCUUUCACUGGAGUGUCAGAAAGCAACAUUAUAUUUACAGAUGGGGAUCUGAUCAAAUGGAACCUGCAGCCCUCCCAGCUCCUGUCCGGCUUUCCAACAGAGCUCCUGGAGAGAGAGGAAUCUGCCCAGAGCGUGGUGUACACAUUCCCCCACCUCACCGUCCAAGAGUUCAUAGCCGCCCUGGCACAAUUCCUGGCGCCGGACCCUGGGGACCUGAACCUCCUCGCUGAAGCCCGCGGCAAGGAAGACGGGCGGUUCGAGAUGUUCCUCCGCUUUGCCGCCGGUCUCAGCGCCGCGGGCUCGACGCGGGUCCUGGAGGAGUUUCUGGGCCCUCUCCCCCGUCGGACGGCCGGCCAGGUGGCUGACUGGGUGAGGGAGGAAGUCGGACGUCAGAUCCGAAACAUGUGGGGCGAAGCCAGUCAAAAGAGGCUGCUGAAUGCACUGCACUACCUGUUUGAGUCCCAGGAUCGCGGGCUGGCUCAGGCCACCCUGGGGUCCAUGGAUGUGCUUUCAUUCCGUGGAUUGCGUCUGACCCCGAUCGACUGCGCUGUCCUGUCUCACGCCAUUGGGCUCUGUGACAGAGUGAAGCGCCUCGACCUGAAGAGCUGCCGUAUCGAGAGUGGAAGACUCCAGCAGCUGGGGCCAGGGCUGCACAAGUGCCAGGAGUUGAGAUUAGGUUUCAAUCACCUGGGAGAUUCUGCAGGGAAAGUUGUGUCUGCGGCUUUGAGAGUCCCCGGCUGUCAAAUCCAGAGACUGUGGCUGAACCACAGUGGCCUUCAGGACCCUGAUGUUAACCAUCUAGCCUCCGCGCUGAGGACAAACAGGUCACUGAUGGAGCUGGACGUGCGUGGUAAUGCACUGGGAGAUUCCGGAGUGAAACUGCUGUCUGCAGCUCUGAGAGACCCGAACUGUAAACUUCAGAUACUGGGGCUGUGGAACGUCGGUCUCACAGAUUCUGGCACCGAGGAUCUCACCUCCGCUCUCAGAACAAACCGAUCACUGACGGAGCUGGACCUUGGGUCUAAUGACUUGGGAGAUUCGGGAGUGAAACUGGUGUCUGCGGCUCUGAGGGACCCGGAGAGUAAACUGCAGAAACUGGAUCUGACGCGUGUUGAACUCACAGAUUCUGGUGCUGAGGAUCUCGCCUUCGCUCUCAGCACAAACCGAUCACUGAGAGAGCUGGACCUCAGUAAAAAUACACUGGGAGAUUCGGGAGUGAAAUUUCUGUCUGAGGCUCUGAGGGACCCGGAGUGUAAAUUACAGAGUCUGGGGCUAAUAUGUAACAAUCUCACUGCUGCCUGCACUGCGGAUCUUGCCUCCAUUGUCAGUGCGAACCCCUCGCUCGUGGAGUUGAAGCUCGGCAUUAACGAACUGGGGGAUGUAGGCGUCAAACUGCUGACCGCGACACUGAAGAAGCGGGAUUGUAAACUACAGAGACUGCAGCUCGAUGAGAAUGGCCUCACAGGUUCCUGUGUCAAGGAUCUCGCCUCCGCUCUCGGCGCAGGCUCGUCACUGACAGGGUUGGACCUGAGUUACAAUCAGCUGGGAGAUUUGGGGGUGAAGCAAUUGUCCAAGGCUCUCAAAAGUCCCGAUUGCAAAUUGGAGAAGCUCCGACUCCGAGCCGUCGGCCUCAUGGCUCCAUACGUCAGGUACCUCGCCUCCGCCGUCAAGGCAAACCACUCACUGGUGGAGUUGGACCUCGGAAGGAACGAGCUGAGAGAUUCCGGAGUGAAGCUGCUCUCGGCAGCUCUGAGGAAAGCCGGCUGCCGUCUACAGAAACUGGGUCUGUACGCGGCGGAGCUCACGGAUUCCUGCACCGACGACCUGGUCACCACCCUCGGCAUCAACCGCUCUGUCACGCAGCUGAACCUGGGAUCGAACUCAUUCACGGACCUGUCUGUGCCCGCGCUCUGCCUCCUGGUACAGUCCCGCGAGAACCUGGAGCGGAUCAAGCUUUGGGAGAAUCAGUUCAGCGCAGAGGGGCAGAAGCAGCUGCAGUCACUGCAGGGGACCAGGCCCAGACUGAGAGUGGAUAUCCAAAGGAGUUACGAUCCAUGAACGUCAACGCCCCGGGGAGUGAGGUUUCUGGGACUGACCUUCCUCCCGAGUGGGAACACCGCUGGAAUACAAGGGAAUUAAUGAGAAAGUACACACAAAGACUGACAAGCAAGCAAUGUGCAACAAAGACCAACUGUGUAAAUACAGGGGAAAAUAAAUAAUAAUAAAUAAAUAAAUACCUAAACAAUACUGAGAAUGAGAGUUGUAGAGUGUGUGAAAGUGAAUCAGUUCAGGGAUGAGGUGAGUGGAGUUAUCUGCACUGGUUCAGAACACCUGAUAGUUGGAGAGUGACAGUGGAUGAAGGGUCAUCCCCACUCGCGCUCAUUGGGCAACUGUGCCCGACUUGAUGGGCUGAGAUCUCAAGAUCCUGUACAACUUUCCCAUGGGUAAAGUACACACAAAGAGAGACACUCAAC